GACAAAACAACUCAAAAGAGUGUUAUCUUUUACUUUAAUACCAAAUGUGGAGCAUCACAUCUGUUGAAGCUAAUAUCGUCUCCCGCACUCGAGAAAAAGGAAGAGAAGACUGAGAAGACGGCGUCGGAGGACUUCGCAGACUCCGACGAAAAGGAUUUCAAAGACGACGAAGACUCACAGAAGAGUUCAAGUGACGAGAGUGUCUCGAACGAUUCCGAUGAUAUAGGAAUGGCUACUGGUCAUUCAGAGACAGAUAAAAUCUCGGGAUUGAACUGCAGAGAACGAGACUUCUUCCAAAAACGAUCGGACAGGCCUCUUAACUUCGACUCGGUGUUGACAAACUUACCACGCUUUGUCGCAGAGAACGAGAAGUUUGCCGUCUACAAACGCGAGAAGAAGAAAGGAAAUAACGUCCCGACUUGGUUUGUCUUGUCAACCGCAGUCGACUUUGUCUCGUUACGACAGACCUUCCCCUUUGAGAGUUUAUACACACAAACAACGGAAGAAGGAAGUACUACAAGUACUUUCGACGUCAAUUUGUUACCUUUAAAGACGCAAAUCGAGGCCAUUCGACCAAAGUUUGUCCAACACCGCAUUGACUUCUCGAUGAAGAGACCCAAUGUCUUUGAGUUUGCUUCGAUAGAAGAGGAAAUGCCUUUGGGACUAGCAAUUCAGUUUUUAGCGCCAAGGAAGAGAGAUAUAGUGUGUGAUAUCAUUGAAUGGGCGGUGUUACAUAACAUACAACGCGUGAAAAGUGUCUGUUGGGAGUUGAAAAACAAUCAAAUUGGUGAAAUCAUAUUCAAAAUCCACAACGGGCAAGCCCAAAUCAUUCGAACAAUUCAAAAUGCGUUCAAUCGAUUUGGCUUUGAACAAAUCAAGCUCGAUGACAUCAAGAUAUUCUGCUUAGAACAGACAACUAAGAAGCAAGAAGUCUUUAUGAAAUUCACUCUACACAAAAAUGCCAUCUGCGCUAUUUCACUGUUAAAAGCAAGAAGUGGUAUCGACUCGAUGUUAGAUAACUGCAUGGAGUUGCACAAAGUAGUACUUUCUUAUAAGAAAAGCCACGGCAGUGAUACAUUUGAAAACAUCGACGAGGUCUUCACCAACUUCAAGAAGUACACGAACAGUGUCUCAAACCCCUGUCUUUGUGAGUUAGUGAAAGAAGUGAAAAUCAGUGACGGCGUUGCUGAUAUCGCCAAUGGGUUUGACAUGAGUCUACUGAUUCACUACGAUAAUCAAAAUUAUUAG